AUGACGGCAUCACCCCACGGCGCUGAUCAAGGCGAGACGCCUACUCACCAGCAACACGGCGCUUCAGGCGCGAGCGCGUCGCAAACUCCAGACGCCGGCAGCCCUCGCAACCGCUCCGUCGACGAGCCUCGAGAGCGCGAAACGACAAACGACGAGCAGUCGCCGCUGCUACCGCCGACCGACUACGAUGCCUUUGGUGCUCGCUUGGGACGAGUCGAUAGUCAUGUGGAUGACAGUCAAACCACCAAGAGCUUGUGGUAUCUGACUGCCUUGACAAUUGGACUCGGAGGUCUCCAAAUCGCAUGGUCUGUUGAGCUUUCCAAUGGCUCGCCAUACUUAUUGUCCCUGGGGCUGAGCAAGUCUCUUAUGGCCUUGGUCUGGAUAGCGGGACCUCUUACCGGCGCUUUGGUGCAGCCCUAUGUUGGCAUGUUGAGUGACAAUUGCCGUCUCUCAUGGGGUAAGCGAAAACCGUUCAUGCUUGGCGGUGCUGCUGCAACCAUUAUCUCGCUCCUCUUCUUAGCGUGGACGAAGGAAAUAGUCGGUGGUGUGCUGGGCAUCUUUGGAGCGGACCCCCAGUCCCAGGGCGUCAAAGUCACCGUUAUUGUGGUAGCGGUGAUUGGGGUGUAUUUUCUCGAUUUUGCCAUCAAUACGGUUCAAGCUGCUCUCCGAACAUUCAUCGUUGACUGCGGACCAGCUCACCAGCAGGAGGCCGCAAAUUCCAUGGCCAGCCGAAUGACUGGUAUUGGAAACAUCAUUGGCUACAUUGCGGGAUACGUCAACUUGACGACGUCCUUUUGGUUCUUGGGCGACACCCAGUUCAAAAUCCUCUGCGCGGUUGCGAGCAUUGCUUUGGGCUCUACGGUAAUUUUGAGCGCCUCUCUGAUCAAAGAACGUGAUCCCCGGCUGGACGGGCCUCCGAAAAAGAAGCAAAGCAUCUUUGUCUUCUUCUUUACGCUAUUCAAGUCAAUCAAAAGAUUGCCACCCCAGAUCAAGCGGGUAUGCCAGGUCCAGUUCUUUGGCUGGGUGGGCUUCUUUCCCCUUUUGUUUUAUACAUCUUCGUACAUUGGCGAAAUCUACGUUCAGCCCUUCCUCGAGGAGAACCCUCACAUGUCUCCUGAAGAGAUUGACAAGCUGUACGAGCACGCGACUCGAAUUGGCUCAUUUGCCCUCCUCAUCAACUCCAUUGUUAGCUUGCUGACAAACGUUUUUCUUCCUUUUUUCGUUGCGCCAACUUAUGAUAGUCAUCCGUUGGAUGAUUCCGAGUCUAGCACCAAGAAGUCAUUCUUGGAUCGCUUGAGGAUUCCUGGUCUUACCCUUAGACGGGCUUGGUUUGGGUCCCUCAUCCUCUUCGCCAUCGUCAUGGUUUGCACCGUAUUUGUGAGAUCUGUUAACGCGGCUACCGUCUUGAUUGGGAUCGCUGGGAUUACGUGGGCCAUCACUCUGUGGGCACCAUUCACUAUCAUCAGCGCCGAGAUCAGUCGGCGCGAUGCCCUCGCCCGAGCCAAACGCCGCCAUCACCGAAUUGACAAUCAUGAUUUGCCUUCAGCACUCCCUGCUCCGAUUCCCGCCACUGGCAAUACAUCUCCCAUGGAGCUUACAGAGACACCAAAGGAAGAAGUUGAUCAAGCAGGCGUCAUUGUGGGUAUCCACAAUAUGUCUGUUUCUGCUCCACAAAUCAUAGCCAACGUAGGAUCAAGCUUGAUUUUCAGAAUCUGGCAAAAGCCGAGGGGAACCCCGGGUGACCACAGCAUCAGUAUUGUCUUGGCUCUUGGAGGUGUCUUUGCCUUUGUCUCUUCCUUUUUUGUUUUGAGGAUCAAAGAUGAUGUGUCUCAUCCACCGGAGACCUUGGCUGAUGAAGAGCACGGUGUUGACGAUCAGGAUGAGGAUGAAUUUUCCCCUAAUGGAGACUUUUCUACGCGCACCAAACCUGGCUACUCUGCGGUGCCGACAGCGGAUUCUGAGGCUCCGAGGUUAGUAAGAAACCGAAGUUUCGGGGGCUUAGAAGUGGCUUCUGGUUCUGAUUACUGA